AGGGGCGUAGCGAGCCCACUGGAAUCGUCGAUAUUUUGGUUAAGCACCUUACACAUGCGCUGUAAGGAGCUGGGUUCCCCGCUCAAAUCCCCAGAUUCCACCCCGGAUAAGGAGGGGUAAGGGCCUAGGUUAAAGCAGAUUUGGGUCCGCCAUACCACACACAACAAGGCACGAGAAGAGCGAGCCCCUCAAAACUGUAGACGAGGUGCAAACAUCAGUCCAUGUGCGUGCUGAAUCGAGCUGCAAACAUCACGCAAAUGAAUAUUCACGACUCUGCAUUCCGGACUCAUGCGCCAACGUCAACCUCAACCAAUGUCAAGAGGCAGCUUUCGCCCAAUUGUCUGUCUCUCCACUAGUUAACGUACAUCAUCAUGCGGCUCGGAAAGUCAUGCUUACAAUGUAGGGUUGGUAAACGACGAUGCGACCGUACGGGCUCAUCCGCCUGCAACCAAUGCAUGCAGAGGAGUUUACCGUGCUCGGCCGUCGCGAUCCGUCGUGAGGCUCGGCCCCCUGCUGCUUCCCAUACUGCUCCGCUUGCCCCGACUCAAUCCGAUGAAGAAGAAGUGCUCCAUCUCGUAGAUCUGUACUUCAAGUACAUGCACGACAAGCCUCAUACUCUCUUCCACGAGCCAACCUUCAAGGCAAGCGUGGCGGCGGGCACUGUUUCGCAGCCGGUUCUACUGAGCAUGAUAGGCUUGUCCGCACGGUUCGCCAGGGAUCCCGAGGUCAGGUCUCAUGGACCAAAGUACGCAGCUGAGGCUAAGAAGCUACUUAAAGACGAUCUUGAGCAUAUCUGUAUUGAGAACAUCCAAGCAUGUAUCCUCGUAGGAAAUAUCCUAUUGGGUGAUUCCGACCCAGACGCGGAAUCUUUAUAUUUCGUGCUGGCGAACCGCAUGGCCCAGAUUUUAAAUCUCAGAGCUGUCAACGAGUCGGACGACGGGGUCACAAGGGAGACUAAGCUACGGGUAUGGUGGACCUGUUUCAUAGUUGACACUUGGGCGAGCGGAGGUUCCAAUUUAUCCCGCCAAUUUCGGCUCGAACCCAAACGGCCAAGAGUACCGAUGGACGAAACCGCCUUUUUCAGAAUGCAAGCUGGAGAACCUGACAUCGCCGAAUCCGAGUGGAAACCUGGGUUUUGGGGUCACACCGUCGGGCUGGUGGAGAUUUACAAGCAGAUACAGGAUCUCAACAAACACCUUGCAGAAACAGUGGAGUGGGACGAAGACAUAAUCGAAGACGCGGUUCGAAGUCUCGAUGCGGAGCUAGUUGCCUUCGAUCACAACCUCGAACCACGAAUGCGAUGGUCCCUCGAAAAUCUGGCCGGUCAAGUAAGCCUUGGCCAGGGGAGGACUUUCGUCGCCUUCCAGCUAGGUUAUCAUCACUACUGCACAUUACUGUUCUAUCAAUACCUCGACUACCGACGGCCCUCGACCAGGAACGGUAGGGUAUACGCCGAGCGAUGCAAGUACCAUGCUACCAUCAUCUGCGAGAUAUUGAACGCAUCCCGGGAGCGCGAGGGCGCCGAGGCCAUAUACAACAUCGUGGGCCAUCUCACGGUGGUGUCUUCUUCCGUGCUACUCCAUACCUAUCUGUUCGGAGAAGCUAGCGAACUACCAGACUCGAGGCGCCGACUAGAGUCAAACCUCGAGUCACUGGUUCAACUGCGUGGAUAUUGGUCGAGUGUGGAAUUAAUGAUUAACCGACUCGUCAUAUUCCAGAACAAUUGUAUAAAAUCCCUAACCAGAAACACUCAUCGCUUCGAUCGGUGGAUGGUCAAGUUUCUACUCGAGCAUGCUUUGGCGUUGGAGGAGAAAGUCGCAGAAACUCCAGAUGCGCAGCUCGAAAUGAGAAUCGAUAGGAUUGUCGAGAGUAUCCAUCUUGAGAGGAGUCGAGUCACUCACAGCAUCAUCAUGGAUAUGAGAAAUGUCAAUUAUUGGGAGUGAGGGUUUCGGCUACUACAGCAUUAAUCAAAGGUCUUUUUCUUUU